CGCGCGCACAGUCAGUACGGCCGUGUCCGAAUAACUCCACUGCGGCUAUCUGAAGUGAUUGCAGCCUGCGUAGACUUGUGUGCAUUUCGAAGCCCUGGUCCUUUACAGACACGACCAUAUGAAAGCAUUAUAUAUUGCACUGUAUAUUAUAAUUAUUGCGUGCUUUGAAGGGGAAUACGGAGCACAGAGGGGUGCGCCAUUUUCCCAUCGAUUUCUUCCCUUGUGCGUUGACCACGAAGCUAAAGAGAUUAGUGUUUUUCGGCGUCUGUGGCGUUGAGCACUGAAGCGCCAUGCACAUAGCCAGGCAGCCAGGCUUGUGUAGCUCCUCGCAAUCGGUAAUUUAUGAGGGCUGAUCGCUCCAUCACCUGAGAACAACGUACUGGAGUGUCAUGGCAGCGGGACUCGCUAUGUUAGGCAGGUGGACUGGCUGGCUGGUUACGUUCGCCACGAUGGUCCAGUUCUUCCUCCUCUUUGGGCCACUGUACAAUUACAGCAUCUUGUUUGUCAGUUUUCGGGAAGAAUUCGAGACGAGCGCCGCACUGACAGGUUGGUUGGGAUCUGUGGCCAACGGCCUUAUCAGCUUCUUUAGCCCUGUAGGUGGAGUGUUGCUGAGAUGGCUCAGUCACCGGACCGUCUGCCUGUUGGGGGUGGCGGUCUACAGCGCAGGCGCACUGGCAACCUCCUUCGUACCGAACAUCUACUGGGCCUUCCUGUCUAUGGGCGUCAUGAUGUCAUUCGGGGCUGGCGCCUCCAUGCACUGUGGGAUUUGUUUGCUUUUCCAGUGGUAUCCUGGCAAGAACAACGCCCGAGCGACGUGCCUGGCGCUUCUGGGAACCUCAAUAGGGCUUCUCGCUUUUGCUCCAACUAAGACUCAACUCAUCGAGAACUACGGCUGGCGCAACAUGCUGAGGAUUUUGAGUGGCGUGGUCUUUACUGUCGGAAUGCUUGACGGAACACUGCUGAUGCCCGCCUCAGCACGGCAACAGCGUCGCCCAGCGGAUGGGGGGUCGGCGUCCGCCGCGACAGGCAUGCGACUGCUGGAACUGCAGCCGCGGGGCGAAGACACGGAACAGCCGCAAUGUGUGGAUAAGGCGACUGAUCCCUUCUGCGAUGAAGCAGACGGAGAGGAAGGAGGAGAUUUCCUGCCCUCCGGCAAAGGAAAAGCCGACAGCGCAGAGUGUGCCGAAAAGGACGAAGACAAUGUGCGAAACCUCGAGCGAGACAAGAAGGGAUUCGCAGAGAUAGUUCGAGACUGGGACGCCUGGUUGUUUGUUGUGUGCCAAACGUUGGCGUACAUGUGCUGGAGUUUCGUCGUCGUUAACUUUGCCAGCUUCAUGAAGAGUGUGGGGUUCUCCGCCGACGACACAUCCCUGGUGCUCGUCGUCUUUGGCGUGGCCGAGGUGGCAGGGAAGAUACUGACGGCGUUCCUGGGGGACCAUCUCCCCUUCCUGCAGGUCAACGCGUUAGCGAUCACCUCGGUGAUUGGUGCCAUCGCGGCGGGCUUCCUGACUCUCGCUAAGUCACUGGCCGAUCUGAUAAUUCUGUCUGUCGUGUCCGGUCUCAUGCGUUCCACAUACUACGGCAUUACGUUUUCCAGUAGCUUUGAACUGUUCGGCGUCUACGGAGGAGACAUUGUGGCGGCCCUGGUGAUGGUGCCGUGCGGCCUGGGUAAUCUCAGUGCCGCACCGCUGACAGGUGCACUGUUUGACGCGUCUGGUAACUACACCCUCAGCUUGUUAGUCUUGGUCGGUCUGUUCGCCUUAUCCACCGUCUGCGUCCUAGCCAUCACGAUCAGGAGAAAGGUGAUGUCGCCUUCCACCUUUGAGAAGAGGUACAGGUGGGGUCGAAAGAGACAACUCGAACAGGACGUGAAAACUGAAGAGAAACUUCCGCCGACGAGAGAGACGAAAAAUGGAGUUUGCAUGGUGACCGAGACUUAGAGACUAUAAGCCAAAUCGUUAAACAGUACCUUGGUGUUGAAAUAACUGCAAACUAGAGUCCUUUAUUUUAUAAUAUUUAUUUCUUGUAUUCAGGUACAGAAUAUAGUAAAUAAAUUUGUCAUUUUUUCUAUUGUGAAAGCAUUUUAUUUUUGUCCGAAAGUACAUUGCAAUAUAUACACUGUAGCAGCUUUAAAGAACACGAGUAAAGUAAAGAAAUUUCAUGGGUCUGGUAAGCCAAUACAUGAAAUAACCGAUGUUUCCAAAAUUGAUAGUCUGAAUUCAAAGAGUUGGAAGGUUAGGACCAAGUUGGUUGCCGAGUCCAUUGUAUCAUUGUUAUUGUUUUGAAGUGAAUAUAAGGUCUUUUCGUGGUUCUAAUGAGGAAAUGGUAAAAGUGGAUGUAAUUAGUGAGGCAGGUUACCCUUCUUACCUAUACAGUAGUUGAUCUUGGAAUUGAUUAAGUAAAUUUUUUUUCACAAUCUAAAAAGGGCUUCAUGGAAUUUCGGGCUGGAAUUCUUCAACUGUGCGUAAAUUCCCCAUACCAAAGGCGGAAUUUGCCCAUAGUUUGAGUCGGACGCCGUGCAGAUCACGGAAUACCCCUAUAGUUUUGAAUAGGAUCCGGUGGUCUAUGCGUGUAUAUGUCUGUGGUCAGAACGCAUCAAAGCAGUACGUAGCCACGUAUAAUUUUGUCUCUGUACUGGGGCCAGGAAGGAACACAUCCCACGCAAUCAAAUGUUCCAGCACUAGUUUGAUUGCGUAAGGCAUGGUGGGAACCAACAUGGAGCGGCAAAAUUGUACCCAUGCAUGGAACGAGGUUGAUCGAUCAGUUAUUCCAAAGCUGGUUCGCUCUAUCCAUUACGCAGGUUCUGGCGUCCGUGAACCAGCGUCGGAUCACUGAUUGCGAUCCGGAUCCUCGUGGAACAAAUAGGCCCACUGUGUAUUUUGUGUAACAAUUUUUAAAAUGUAAUCAGAGAUACGAGACAUGUAAUGAAUUUUUAUAAUGUAAAAAUACAUUGAUGCCGUUAGUAAAGAGGGGUAAAUAAAUUAACUGUCAAGUGA